UAAAUUCACCAGCACUUAGUCUUAACACUGAUGGUAUCCACAUCGAGAACACGGUCUAUCAGCAUCUAUAGUUCCAUGAUAAGCAAUGGUAACAGCUCUCCUUAUCUCAAUCACACAAUGAUCUUCAUUUCAAGUAGUAAAUAUGAUUUAUUAAACUAAGUGCUCGAUGAUCAAAACAGGCGAUGACUGCAUUUCCAUCGGCACUGGUUGUUCUAAUGUCGACAAAGAAAAUGUUACCUGUGGACCUAGCCAUGGCAUAAGGUACUCCAAGUUCUCAUACUGAAAUUAAAUUCUUUGCUAUUUCUAUGAUCUUCUAAUCCAAAUGGUAUUAUACAGUAUCGGGAGCCUCGGCAUGCACAACUCGCAGGCUUGCGUUUCGAACAUAAGGGUCAAGAAUGCAGUGAUCAGGAACUCUGACAAUGGGGUCAGGAUCAAGACAGGGCAGGAUGGGAUGGGCUCAGUAACAAGCAUUAGCUUUGAGAACAUCAUCAUGGAGAAUGUGAAAAACUGCAUCAUUAUAGACCAGCAUUAUUGCCCAACCAAGCAGUGUAUGAAUCAAACAACAGCGGUCUACGUAACGGAUGUCUCAUACAUGAACAUAAAGGGGACAUAUGAUGUCAGGAGCCCGCUGAUACACUUUGCUUGCAGCGACGCAUUGCCUUGCACCAACAUGACCAUGUCUGAUGUGGAGCUGCUCCGAUUUGAUGGAGAGUUGGUGGAUGACCCCUUUUGUUGGAAUGCCUAUGGGAGAACGGAGACACUAACAAUUCCACCUAUCUCUUGCUUGCAGGAAGGGGAGCCUCAGUCCAUCAAAGAGAACCUUAGAUUAGGUUGCUGA